UUCUGGUUCCCCUGGUCUCUGGUCCUGCUGGCCGUCGCUGCAGCUCUCUUCACGUACAUCGCCCUGCUACUGGUGUUGGCGGUGUGUCUGCUGUCUGAAGGUCAAAGGUUGUACCUCCACUGGAGCCACAAGACCGGCAUCAUGGUGACGCUGGUGUUCUCCGUCACGGCCACUGGGAUCCUGUCUGACCUCUGGAGCAAAGAGUGGAAAACUCUCCAGCUGUCCCUGCAGGUGACGGCUCCUUUCCUCCACGUGGCUGCGGUCUCGCUCAUGGCGGUUCUCUCCUGGCCGACGGCGUUGCACUUUUUUCGUAUGAACAAGAGAGUCCGUCAGGUCGUGGUUCUGGCUCUCUACCUGUCCGUGUUGUUCUCGCUCUACCUGGUUCCCCUCGGCAUGUACUCGCCCUGCAUCAAGGAGGCGGGAACUCUGGGACCAGCGCCCACUCUCAUUGGUCACAGAGGAGCUCCAAUGCUCGCUCCAGAAAAUACCUUGAUGUCUUUUGAAAAAGCCGUCGAAUCAGGAGGAGAAGGCCUGGAGACGGACGUAACAAUCAGUUAUGACGGCGUUCCCUUCCUGAUGCACGACUCCACGCUGAGGAGGACCACCAACGUCGCCCAGGUUUUCCCCAAUCGGACGCACCUGGACGCCGCCAUGUUUACCUGGGCCGAGAUACAGCAGCUGAACGCCGGCAGCUGGUUCCUGCUGAGGGAUCCGUUUGGAACCGCAUCGAGCCUUUCUGAGGCGGAUCGCUCUCAGGCCCAGAACCAGUCCGUUCCCUCCUUGGCCCAGUUUCUGGAGGUGGCGGCUGCCAGCGGCAAACUGGUUCUGUUUGACCUGCGCAGGCCACCGUACGGACAUCCCUACAGACUCUCCUACAUCAACACAACUCUGCAGGUCAUCCAGGCCCACAUCAACUCCUCACAGGUGCUGUGGCUGCCAUCUGAAGACCGGGCUCUGGUUUCCGGUCUGGACCCGGCGCUGCAGCAGACCUCCGGACUGAAGGCCUCCAUCCAGGAGCUGACGGACGACGGCAUCAGCCGGCUGAACCUGCACUACAGCAGCAUGUCGCAGCAGCAGAUCUGUAAGUACCAGUCGGUGAAUAUCAGCACCAACCUGUACGUGAUCAGCCAGCCGUGGCUCUACACUCUGGCCUGGUGCGCCGGAGCGCAGUCCGUCACCACCAACUCCGUCCACAUCCUGUCCAGCAUCAACAAGCCGCUCUUCCUCAUGACUCCAGAGGAAUACACCCUGAUGUGGAUCCUGACCGACUUCGUCUCCGCCUUCCUCAUCUUCGCCAUUUUCACGUUCCACUGGUGGAGAGAGCGCGGUUUGCCCUUCGUGUCCGGCAGCCGGCAGACCAACGACAACGGACCUUACAGCAAGUUCAGAACCGACUCCUCAGAGGUCAUCUGUGUCGGCUGGAGCCCUCUGCACUCUGACCCCCCCGCUGCAGCUCAUAUCUCCCUCCCCCUGACCUUCAACCCAUGACCCCUGCAUGCCAUGUCAUCCAGUCACUAGCUGAGCGACGUUUGGUCCAUCUCCAGUGUAAACGUGCGACCCGACCUGCGGAGCUCUCCCAGUUCUCCCAGUAGCCCCCACCUGCCCACCAUUACAGAGGAGUGACUGGAGAGUCUGGCUUUACAAAUAUUA